AUUGCUUUAUGUAUCAUGAUAGUGGGGAGUUUACAUGGCUUAAACACUUUGGCUUUUAACGAUAAAUAAAUCUUGAAGAUAAUACAAUUUCGACACAAAGAUGAAGCUGUUGGUGUUGCUGAUUUCUGUUAUCUGCACCUGUUUGGGAAACACUAUUUCAAAUGAGAUUAUCCCUCCACACCUAGACGUGAAGGACAGCGCGAUCCACCACGUCCUGCAAGAAAGCCUUUCAUUGGUCGACAAUGACCGAAAACGACCAAUCGUCGGCAACCAGGUCUUAGACAGCAUUGUUCUAGAACGGGGCGUAAAACUGCCGACCGCAACACAUGACCGAAAACAAAUCCAAGCACACAGGAAGUUAGCAAAGCAACAAAGAAAACUAUCGAGAAAGGAAUUGAGAGAGAAGCUCCGACUUGCAAGAUUACAUCGAAAGACGCUACAAAAGUCUCUUCGAAAGAACCACAAACUGAAUGCAAAGUUAGACAAACUCCACGGAAAGCCGACUGAUAAAGCUGCACACGGACUAAGUGAGGUAAUUAAAGCGAUAGACGGGAAGCACAAAGAUGGAAAGGGCUCCGAUCUAUCAACCGACUAUAUUAAGGAGCACCUCGUAGAUAUCUCGAAACCCGCGUUUGAUAUCAGCGUUCCCGUAUACGUCCAUAAGACUGCUCCAACUCAUAGAAUGUUGAAAUUUCCAGUACGAACACGUGACGGCAAGGUACAUAAGGUUGGAUCAACACAUUUUAAAGGCGGGCCGCAUAAAAACAAGGGAAAGCAUGUAAAACUACCAGCAAAACCAGGGAAUAAGCGAAUGAAGAACGCUCAUAAGAGACUUCAUGGAAAGAAGAAACUAAACAGAAAUAACAAGAAUCACCAUGGUUACGUCAAAGAAGGCGAAUCUGCGCACCAGGCGUUGUCUAAAAUGUAACCACGCGUUGAAACGAUCCAUCACAAUUAAACUCGAAUUACAAACACAUUAUGAAAAUCAAUCUUCGCUCGUUUUAUGUGAUGAUAUGUGGGACUUAACUGGUUUUGACCGCAACUUAAACAACGUUUAAGUAACGUUCGUCGUAGACGUCCUAUCGAAGUUUAUUUCGGCUUUCUGUGGUAUUUGUAUUUGUAUUUUUAACUGUAACUGCCAAUAGGAAUAUGAAAUGUAAACCCUGUGUGAUAUGCGUUUUAAGAAACAUUACAGACAAACAUACCACAUAAAAACAGGUUAAUCGUGUUAAUGAUUAUUUUAAUAGUUGCUUAACCUGUGCACUCGUAUAUGCUUUAUUUUAUCUAAUAUGUCGUUAGUGUCAUCAAAAUAAGACAACCAAUACUUAUAUUUAUAAUAUUGAACACACCCUGUUUAAUUGUAAUUAAAACAAAUGCACCGUUGACAACAUAUACACUGCCUUGUGUAAUUCCAAUUUGCCUAGAUUUUAAUACUUUACUAGGGAUCAUUAUACCUUUAUUGUUGCAAGGCAACGUUAUUGUUAUAUAGUUUCAUGAAGAUGUCUAUAUUUAUUAUAAUUUAUUUCAAAAUUAUUUUCAAGGACAUGUGUGAAAUAACCCAUACGUUUACAUUCUGCUAUUUUCUUUUCAAUUUGUCAAACACUUCAAAUACAGGUUACUAUUAAAAUGACAAAUUUCAUAUGUCGAUGUACACAUCUAUUUAUAUUAAAACCAGUGUGCGCGUGAAAGGCGCUCCCUUACUAUUAUAUGUGCAAUGUGUUAACACUAACACUUAUACACCGCUGGUGUAAAGCUUUUAUUUUUAACGUGUUUUUUAUCAUUUUUAAUAAUUGCAUAUUGCUUGUUUGUAACAAAUAUGUAACAACAUAAUUGUAUUAUUGUUCACAAAUUUAGUAUGUUUAUAUUAAACUGCAAAAUAAUAUAAUCAAUAAGAACUUGCAUUCACGACGUUGUAAUAAAGCAAAAUCAAUAAAAUAAUUAAACAAUAACA